AUGCCAAAGUUGCAAGGAUUUCAGCGCAGCCUCUACUACUACUAUUUCCUGCUCCACAUACCGAUCACUCUUCUUAUCGAUUCGCAGGUUGUGAUCCCUGAACGCUACCACCCGGCGUCAGCCCUGUUUAGGUGGCAUAUCGCACAGAACAACGAUUUCCUACUACAGGAGAAACCAACUUGGCUAUACAACUUUGUGCUGAUCGAGCUGGUCUUGCAAUUGCCGUUGUUUUUCUACUUCGCAAACGGUCUACGUCCAACUCAAGCAACAACCGAUCAAACCAAGCUUGCCAAGGCUGCAGCUUCCAGCAAAGAGAAAAAUCUAUACAGAUGGCUGCGCAUCUAUGGCUGGAACGCCUCAUUGAGCACUCUAAUUUGCAUGAUUACGAUUUAUCAAAGGGGAUACUACCCAUCGACACCUCUCGUGCCAUUAGUCUACGAGGACAAGAUACGUCUGAUUCUCGUCUAUCUUCCUACGUUUCUGCUACCAUUGAGAUUGUGCCUUUUAUAG